AUGAACACAGAGCUAUAUGCCCUGUAUCUUAGCAUCUCAGAGGAUGUAAAAUUCACACCUUCUGAAGUGAAAGAGAGCUCAUUCAUUACACAUGACAAACCAUUAAAGUCUCGAAUGUCAAGAAAGCAUCUUCCAUACCCCCCCAACCCAGCUCCAUUGGAGCUUCGUUAUGCAGCUCGGAUGAUGAAGUCCAAAUUCCAACCGGAAUUGUCAUUGGAAGCAACACAGAAGUUUCAAGAACAGUUGGAGAGCGGCCUCUCCCAAAUGACGACUCCAACCUCGUACAAAGGAUACAAGGCCAAGCUCGCAAGUCGCGAGGUUGCGCGCCAACGCAUGGUGCUGGCGACGUGGGAAAUUGACGAGGCCAUGCAGAGGAUUUUUUCGCAACGUGGGCAGGCAGAGCUUGAGGAUGAUAAACAAUAUCUUCAAGCUGUCUAUGAGGACGAAUGCGAGAUCCUCCGCGUUGCUAGUGCCCAAACUGACCAGGUUGCAACACUCCUCAGUUCGCGUGUUAAACAGGCAUUUUUGAAAUCCGCUGCAGCAUUUCCUCUUUACCCUCACGGUGGACUCUCCUGCAUCGGCACUAGGGAACCCUCUGAACACUCAGAUCCAGACUUGUCUGAUGAAUCUGAGCCAGACCUACCUCCAGACGAUUCGGACCAUGACUCCGAAGAUUCAUACGAAGUUGCAGGCUCUAAGGACUGA